AUGGACUUCUUUUUAAAGGGAAUGAGUGGAAAUGGAUCUGAUUGCCCCUUUGAUGUGAGAGACAUCCAAAAGUGCCCGUUUUUGAGAAGUAUCGACGAACUUACAAACUUUUCUUUCUCUUCGACGAAAGUCUCCAUUCCUGCGCGUGGAUCCACGGGUCCUAUCUUUGAAGAUGGUCCUAGUUUUGAUUUGGCUUUUAAGCUGUUUCAUGGGAAAGACGGUGUCAUUCCACUCGCUGAGAGACCUGACUUUCAGAGCAAGGAAGCUGAUUCUAUGCCUGUUUUUAACCCUUUGGCUGGAAAAACUGCUACCAUUAGUCUAUCACCGUUUGGAUUAGGUGGUCCGUUUAAUUUUGGGGAUUUUUCUGAGAAAUGGAAGAAGCAGAAGAAAUCUGAUUUAUUAAACAAAACGGAACAUUCAUCUCAGAAUGGAGAUAUAUCAAUGCACGGAGCGCUUGGAGAUGAAUGGUUUGCAAAGGGAAACUGUCCGAUUGCCAAGUCUUAUAGAGCCGUAAGCCGUGUUAUGCCCCUUGUGGCAACAGCUUUGAAGCCACCAACUGCCAUGAAAAUUAAAUGUCCAGCAGCAGUUGUUGCUGCAAGGGCCGCCCUAGCCCGUACAACCUUUGUUAAAAACUUGCGCCCUCAGCCUCUUCCUGCAAAAGUGCUUGCUAUUGCGGCGUUAGGAAUGGCUCUUAAUGUGCCCAUGGGCAUGUGGAGGGAGCAUACCGUAAAAUUCUCAGUGUCUUGGUUUGUAGCUGUGCAUGCUGCUGUUCCCUUUAUAGCCAUGCUUCGGAAGUCGGUACUGAUGCCUAAAGCAGCAAUGGCAUUGACCAUUGCAGCUUCUGUCCUCGGGCAGGUUAUUGGCUCAAGAGCUGAGCGUAUCCGAAUGAAAGCAAUAGCUGAGAUGGGAAAGGCGACUACGGUAACCACAAGCAGCAUCACAACUAUAGAUAACCCCAGAAAGCUUGGUGACUUUAGGAGCAGUCGCUGUGGUGCAGAAGGAGUGAUUCUCAACUCAAUUCCUGUAAAGGAUGCUGGUACGAGCUCGACUGCAAUUCAAGCAUGA